GCGGCAUUGUGCACCCCCCCCGCCUUUAGCGCAUGCGCCACCCCACAUUCCCCCGCCUGGCGGCUACGGAGCUGCCGCCGCUUCCCCCCUCCCCGGCCCUGCUCCCCGCCGAGGAGGAGGCGGCGCCCCGCCCCCCGGUUUGUGUUGUUAGAGCCGUUCUUUUUGGUGUGAAAGGCUCCCUUUUGAAGCAGCACAUUCAUUCAUCGCUUCAAGCACCAUACGGCUGACUUGCUAGCUUGAGAACCAUGGCAACAGAAGAGAAGAAACCAGAUGCAGAAUCCACCAAAACACAAUCUACUCCUUCCUCCUCAACCAAUCAGACCAAGCCGGCACCUGUAAAACCAAACUACGCUUUAAAGUUCACGUUAGCAGGACACACUAAGGCAGUUUCGUCAGUGAAGUUUAGUCCCAAUGGAGAGUGGCUGGCCAGUUCCUCGGCUGACAAACUAAUUAAAAUUUGGGGAGCAUAUGAUGGCAAGUUUGAAAAAACAAUAUCUGGUCACAAACUGGGUAUCUCUGACGUAGCCUGGUCAUCAGAUUCCAACCUUCUUGUCUCUGCCUCUGAUGACAAAACUCUCAAAAUCUGGGAUGUGAGCUCGGGCAAGUGUUUGAAGACACUGAAGGGACACAGUAACUAUGUCUUCUGCUGCAACUUCAACCCCCAAUCCAACCUCAUUGUUUCAGGCUCGUUUGACGAAAGUGUGAGGAUAUGGGAUGUGAAAACAGGGAAGUGCCUCAAGACGCUGCCUGCGCAUUCUGACCCAGUUUCAGCUGUGCAUUUUAAUCGUGAUGGGUCCCUGAUAGUGUCAAGUAGCUAUGAUGGUCUCUGUCGAAUCUGGGAUACGGCAUCAGGCCAGUGCUUAAAAACACUGAUUGAUGAUGAUAACCCUCCGGUGUCUUUUGUGAAAUUCUCUCCAAAUGGCAAAUACAUACUAGCAGCAACUCUGGACAACACACUGAAACUUUGGGACUACAGCAAAGGAAAGUGCCUGAAGACGUACACAGGUCACAAGAAUGAGAAAUACUGCAUCUUCGCAAACUUCUCCGUCACUGGUGGAAAGUGGAUUGUGUCUGGUUCAGAGGACAACCUGGUUUAUAUUUGGAACCUCCAAACAAAAGAGAUUGUACAGAAAUUACAGGGACACACAGAUGUUGUGAUCUCAACAGCUUGUCACCCAACAGAAAACAUCAUUGCAUCAGCGGCACUAGAAAACGACAAAACAAUUAAACUGUGGAAGAGUGACUGUUAAACACUUCCAGUAUCACUUUAGAGACUGUCAGGAAAAUUGUGGUUUUUAAAAAAAUAAAAAUAAAAAAAUCUCCCCCCUCCCGCCCCCAUGAGAAUAAUAAUAAAACCCAGGUUGGCAGGAAACCUGAAGAAUAUUUGAGAAAGCGGUUUCUGUUAGUCUUGACCCAAAGAGAAUGUCUUAGCUUGUUGCGAGAGCCGGGCAGUGUGGUGGAAAAAAGAGGCCGUCUCUCUCUUUUCGUGCCUGAUCACUUGGCAGACAAACGGAUCGUCCUAACAUCGCAUUAGGAGUAUCAGCCUUGAAUUGGAAGCCCCAGAGAUACUGUACUUUGUGGUGAAGGUGUCAUUGCUCCUUGGCUGUCUUGUUGCUGCUUAAGGAGGAGCUGUCGGUCUGUUUUGUAACAGUAAGUUAAGUCGUAAUACUAGAAAUACUUGGAUUUUUUUUUAAAUGUCUAAUUUUUAUUUUUUUUAUUUUUUUAAUUUUUUUGCAGACCGGUAGGUUCUAGUCUAUCAGAAGUUUCUCUUUAUUGUUUUGAAUAGGAGUGCUGCAUCUUUAAGGAUGCCUCAUUUUAAACACUCAGCUCAAACUUUGUGACCAAAUAAAACCAUCCAGUUCCAGAGUUCCCUUUCCUGCCCCAACUUCAGACUCCCGUGGUGAAAUAUCUACUCUUACUUCUGUAUAGUUGCUGACCUUUCGUUACGUGUGUUUAAUAGAUGCUGUUAUAGAACAAAGUUACAGCUUUUUUUUUCUGUUAACCAUUAAAAUGAUUCCUGCUUGUAGUUGUUCUCAGCAUAUUUUACAUUUUUUUUUUCUCUGCUGGAAAAAAAGCAAGUUCACAAAAUAUUGUAAAGUUAGUUCAGUGUAGGGGGAAAAAAACAACCACCCCAAACAAUUUUGUAUCUUGGAAAUCCAUCGUAUCGACCUGUGUUGCUAAUAGCAUGACUCUGUAACGAUUUCAGCGUCGCUAUGUCUUUUGCCCUUUUUUGUCACACGAGUGUGGUAUUGACACAUCCAAGCCAGAACGAUAUGCCAUAAUAAAAAGGUGGGAUUUUAUGUGUA